GAUGAGUCUUUGAGCUUAAACCACUGUCCUGUAACACACAGGAAGUGAUGCGAUCGAUGCCUCCAGUGCGUGACACAGCGCCACCUGCUGCUCCAGUGCUGUCAAUAAACAUGACAUUUGCUCGUGACCUUUCAUGCUGUUGGUAAUGUGCUGAAAUAGACUCCGUAAUCAAUAUAGGCUAAAUGUGCCUGAUUUACCCCCCUCGUGUCACGUCAAACCUGAAGAAUGUUGAUCAUCAAACAACACUGAACUCCAUUGCAUGAACACAAAACCACAUUUCUCUAAAUAUCUUCUUGUGUGUUUCACUGAGGAAAGAGUCAUGUACAGAUUUACGUAAAGGCACGAGAGAGGAUAAGUGCUUUAACUCCGUUUAAAAGACGUGUAGCGUCAUAACCCUGGAGAGGGUGAUGUUCCUAAAGCUAGAGAAGCUUCUUGAAGCUGUCACAGUCUCUCGAUCAAUGAUCUGCCAUGAGCACUCAGUCCUAAACACACAAACGGUUGUAACCCGUUACUCAAGAAGAGCUAAUGCUUCUUGGACAUGAUGGAGGUGUAACGGAGAACUUUGAGCUCGUGGGAAAUCACAUUCACUUGCAAUACUGAUUCAACGCUGGACCUGAUCGGAAAGUUCACGUUACGUAAUGAAAACAUUUUGUUCUGAAUGUCUUCAAAUGUUCCACAUUUUUAUUGCGUUCCUAGAACAUUUAGCAGUGACGUGUAAUGUUGAUAAAACGCUCUUUUAACGUUAUUGCAAGAACUUUGAAGAGUAUUCGAGUGGAAUUGAAGCUGAAUGAAGUGACAUCAACAGAGAUGAAUAACUGCUGAAAACUUUAUGCUCGUUGUUAGUUCAUGUCAGCAAAUAUAACCUUAUUAUUCUGAAAUGUGUCCGUUCUACUACAGAUGAACAAGUUCAUGGAUUUCUCUUCACGCAGAACGUCUCGUGUACCCUGCCAAACUCACUUUAGGUUUUGAAACAUCUGACAAAGCUACAAACAGAUAAAAGAUCUCUGAAUUGAUGUUUUUCCACUCAUGGUGUUGAUUGUUUUGCUGGCCGUCUCAUGAAUGACGAUGUGCACGCUACAUGAGGUCCAGCUGAUUUGGCAUUUGAAUCGUAUCAAUGAGAAUUCCUUCUGCUCCAGAACAGACACUGCACAAAGAGUUUGGGGUUUUUCCUCACGACAUGAUCACUGAGUCAACAGACCCGCUUCGUGUGAACUUUGACUAUGACACAAACACACGGGAUAUUUCCCAGAGACUUUGUGUGGACUCGCUAGCACAAGACGGUAAGAGUCACUCUGUGAUGUUCUGCAGUUGGUUUGAGGAUCCACACAAUGACUAUGCUGGUGAUUUUGGCCACACUGUCGCUGGUUGUGUUUGGCAGCGAGUGUGAUGAACUUCAUCCUCUGGACUGUUCAGAGAUUUAUGAAGCAGGAGAAAGAGUCAGCGGCAUCUACAGCAUCUAUCCAACAGCUGAUCGUCCCGUCUGGAUUCACUGUGACAUGAUCUCCAGCGGUGAAGAUGAGGACAAAGGAGGCUGGACGGUGAUUCAGAGGAGAAUGGACGGCAGUGUGAAUUUCUAUCGGCCGUGGAAACACUACAAGAGAGGAUUCGGCCUCGUCGAGAGCGAGUACUGGCUGGGACUGGAGUACAUGUAUCACCUGACACGUAACAGAAAGUACACGCUGCGAGUGGAUCUGGAGGAUUUUGAAGGCCGGAAAGGUUUGGCGGUGUAUUCUUUCUUCUCGGUGGACUCUGAAUGUGAAGGUUACCGACUGAAUGUGUCUGGAUUUAAAGAUGGAGGAGCAGGUGAUUCUUUAUCUGGACACAACGGGUUCAAGUUCUCCACCUUUGACAAAGAUCAGGAUGCUCAUGAAGAUAACUGUGCCAAAAGGUUUCUCGGAGGAUUUUGGUAUUCCAGCUGUCAUUCUACAAAUCCCAACGGUGUGUAUCUGUGGGGUGAAGACGCCACACAUUACGCCAUCGCAGCUUCUUGGAUGACCUGGAAGAAUAAUGCCGUCAGUAUGAAAUCUAUCACCAUGAAGAUCAAACGGCUGUCUUAGAAACUUGAGUUUUAUUUCAUUUCAUGUGUAUUUGUCCCUUUAAUUUUGAUACUAAAAACCUGAAUGAACUCAUAUUCAUUCACCUGAUCUGCAGUAGAAUUGAAGAUGUUGGGCAUACCAUCACAACAAUUCUUUCAGUAGGCCACAGUCAUUUUUCUGUUUUCUGAAAUCAUUUACAUUUAGUCAUUUAGCAUAUGAUGCAGUUCUAUACGUCGUUUAUGUUAUAUCGUUUUAAUUUUGUCUUUCAACACGGCUAAUUCAGAUUUUCAUUGUUUUUCAAUAUCACCAAGGUAACUUCUCUUUCCUCAAACUUUCUAAUCAAACACUUUAGUGCUGAACUAAAAGGUUUGUUUCUCAAUUAAAACGUCUUAACCUGUGACUUCUCAACUGCACAUGAUUUCUGUGCCCAAUGACAAUACAAAGCAUGUCAAAUAUAUGUGAUACGUUUAUCUGACUACAUAAAAGUCUUCAGAAUGAAAGGCACGCAAAACAUUCAUCAAAUGAAUACCCAGGUCUACACUGUGUCUGUAAAUCCGAAAGGGAAGUGAAAACUCGUUUCAAAACUCAUGAAAACACGAAGUGAAAUCCAACACGGAUGUCUUUGUCCUUCUGUCUAUCGGUCUUGUCUCGCUGUGUACAGGGCUGGUUAUCCUUUUCAAAUGUAUUUCACUGCAGAUGACAAUAUACAUGCUUUAAAAAGUCAUUGUAACGUAUUUCAGUAGAUUACACAAGUAACUGUAACUUCAUCUAAAUACUUUAGAAUACUUUGGAAUACUAAUAAAGUACGCAACACAAGGGGACACCAAACAGAGAGCUGCAUUAAGAGCUGGGGUGUGUAAACGUUUUUGAAUUGGAGGCAAAAUUCUCCUUAUUUUAUCUUCUGGGAAACAUGUGGUUAUACAUGUGAAGGGCAGUACUACAUGAAAACAAUAUGAUCUAUAAACAAAACAAAAAAUCUUUACGCAUCAUCCUGUUUAAGCAUUUUCACCCCCUUCUCUGAAUGAAUUGUGUUUCCUGGAAACUUGUUUCCAUCACAAAAUAAAAAAAAAAUGUAAAUGUCAUUUUUUCUGAAUUGAAAAAGAGAUAGACUCUCAGUUGCAAGUUAUGAAAUCAGAAUUGCGAGAUCUCUCAAUUUUGACAUUUUUCCUGAGAGUUUAUUUCAUGCAGUUCACACUGGAUAACUUUAUAGCAAGAGAAAAAAGUCUCUCAUUUUGACAUGUAUAUCUCUCACAAUUCUAAGAAAAGAAAUCAGAUUCGUGAGUUAUUCUGUGAGUUUCUCGCAAUUGAAAAAUUCAGAACUGCGAGAUAAAAAGUCACAACUACAAAUUACUUAAACAAGGGACUCGCAAAACGUGAAACCAGUCGUUGAUCAUUCAGGUAACAACAGACAUUAAAGAUUCAAGGUCAUGUACAUUUUUUAAUUUGGCAAUUUGUAUAAAUUCACUCAGUUUUAGGGAUGUAACGAUUCACCGUGAGCCGGUGUUCUGCCAAUUUAUGCUACCCAUAAAUUUGUGCUA